AUGCAGGCGUACUCGCUCGGGCAAAUCGACAUCUCUGUCAUGUUUGGAGACCACGCCAACUUCCACACAGAGGUCCUGACCUUCGAGGUGGUGGACUUCCCAGGGUCCUACCACACCAUCCUGGAGCGUCCAUGCUAUGCCAAGUUCAUGGCAGUCCCCAACUACACCUACCUCAAGCUGAAGAUGCCGGGACCGAACGGCGUCAUCACCAUGGGUAGCACCUUCUCGCACACUUACACAUGCGACCACGAGCACUACAAGCUCGCCACCAGCAUCGUCAACAGUGCCGAGCUCCCGAAGCUCGUGAACACGGCGGCACCGGCCAUCCCCGACUACAACGAGCCAACCUCCAUGAGCGCCUUCCAUCCGAUCGAGGAAACCAAGGUGGUGGAGGUCGACCCCAGCGACCCAACCAUGAUGGUGCGGAUCAGGAUCAAGCUCCCAACCAAAUAG